GAGUUGAAACGUGCUCUUACAUGGGCGCUAGAGAGAGCAGUCCACAUGUUAUGGACCGUCAUCGGCGAUCUGGCCCGUCCAGUAAUGUAGUUGUCAGUACUAGUACUAGUACUUCUGGCAGUACCAGUUGUCUGUACUUCUGUCCCAGCCUCUUGCACAACUACAACCAUCUGAUAUGGCAGCGACAACAUCGAAUGACCUUAUCUGCUUCACAAAUUGCUUCCUACCACAGGAAGACGGUGGUUUAAUUGAAAAGGACUUGUGGAUUGACGAGCGGCGCGGUGUUAUACUGGAUGCGCAGCGAACCUUUUUCCUACGCAAGGAGCGUCCAAAUACGAUCAUUGAUCUUAAAGGAAAUAUCUUGAGUCCAGGCUUCAUUGACAUUCAGAUCAAUGGAGGCUUUGGUUUCGACUUCUCUGUUUACGAAGGCGACGACCAAACUUAUCGAGAUGGCUUGAAGUUGGUCGCAGAGAGAAUUGUUGAGACGGGUGUGACUGCCUUGGUCCCCACGAUUAUCACUCAAGAAAAGUCGUUUUACCCCAAGCUUCUUAACCUGCUUCGUCCGUGGUCACCUCCACACGCAGCGCACCUCCUCGGGUGGCAUGCCGAGGGGCCGUUCCUUCAGAUGUCCAAGCGAGGUGCCCAUCCGCCCGCGUUAAUCAUCCCUGCCUCAGAAGGCUUCAAAACCUUUGAGUCUAUUUAUAGUCCAGAGAACCUGGUCGAAGCGGAGGACUGGCUCAUGUCAGGCGACGACCACAACACUGUGGGUGUGCGCAUGAUAACAGCUGCACCCGAGGUCGAGGGCGUUAUGGAGGCUAUUAACGAAGCCAGUAAGCGUGGAAUCUGUUUCAAUAUCGGACACAGCAUGGCUACGACGGAUAUUGCAACUGCAGCAGUGCGGAAUGGUGCGAGAUGCAUCACACAUCUCUUCAACGCAAUGCCGCAACUUCACCAUCGCGAUCCAUCUAUCAUUGGUUUGCUCGGUGCUUCUCCUUAUCUAUCUCCUUCGUCUUCUUCAACUUUUUUGCCAUUCCCUUCCGCUAUUAUCAAUGCCCUCAAUGCCUCGAUGCCGUCGCUUCCAAUCGCUAAGGAGCCUCCAAUUGAUCACAUAUCAGAAGCAUUUGAUGAGAUUAAGACACCCCCUCAGACACCCAUGCUCCUUGCGGAACAAGCUCACAAGAAGUCUCGGCUUCCCACAGGCAAGUUCAUUGCGAGCUCCGGGUCUGCCGCUAUCGCCGCCAUUCCCCUGGAGAGUAGGCAAUCAAGUGAAAGUGAGCCAAAGCAAGAUGUGACGACUAUACCAUUCGAUCGACCAUUCUAUGAGAUUAUCGUGGAUGGGAUUCAUUCUCAUCCCAACUCCGUGAGACUGGCGUACAGUGCUCAUCCAGACGGGUGCAUCUUGAUUACCGAUGCCAUGAAGAUUCUCGACCCACACCUCAAGGAUGGCGUUCACGAUUGGCGCGAUGGUCGCCGAUUUUACAAGGAGGGUGAUGCACUUUACGUAGAAGGCACCACCACCCUUGCCGGAAGCGUGGUUACUCUCGACAAAUGUGUACGGAACUUCGUGUGCUAUACGGGCUGUUCCAUUGGUCAAGCUAUCAGAUGUGCAACCUACAACCCUGCAAGGUGCCUGAACAUUGAAAACAAGAAGGGUACUUUGCGUGCGGGUGCAGAUGCGGACCUGGUGGUACUUGAUCACCAGGGUAAUAUACUAAGCACGUGGGUGAAGGGCAAGAUGGUGUGGACGAGGAAGUAGUCGCAUCAUAUUUCCGAUGGCAGUCUGAGAUUCUGCCAUAGUUCUCGUCGACGUUUCACCCUAGGCUUGAGGCACACUCGAGUUACCCUAGACAAACUCCGGAUAUUGAUGGUGCCAUUGAGCAAUGUUAUGAUUAUGCUGUAAUUUUUGCCAGUUAGGCUUGGGACUGAGCUACGGUCC